GUUGGCCGGAAGCGGAAAGCCGAGCAUCCACUGGCUUCGACUCCGUCCGAAGCGGCCCCUCCAGUGGCUUCGGAACCAGCUGUGCAUGCGGCGCGACCGCUCUCUCUGCCUCAUUCGUGGUCUGCGGAGUUCGGAGAGCAUCCGACAUCGACGCUUGCGCAGCCGUGGACUCCGCCGGGGUCGCCGGCGGAAGCUUCGUUUGGGGAGUCCUGGCCUGCGUGGACACCGCCGCGGACAGCAGCACCGCUU